GAAGAUUACUCACACAUAAACAUAUAGCAGACGACGCGACACUAGCAACGUUUGCUGUCAUAAACACAUAAUGGAGCAAAACAAAAAUAUACCGUACUCGCGUUCCGGUGACAAGGGCGAAGAUGAGAUACUACUGGAACCAUUUAGUUAUAUACUGCAAGUUCCUGGAAAACAGAUCAGAACGAAGUUGGCAUGUGCUUUCAAUUACUGGUUGAAAAUACCAACAGAUAAACUUCUUGCUAUUGGAGAUAUAGUACAGAUACUUCAUACUUCAAGUCUCUUAAUUGAUGACAUCCAAGAUAAUUCAGUUUUAAGAAGAGGUAUUCCUGUAGCUCAUAAUAUUUAUGGGAUAGCAAGUACUAUAAAUGCUGCAAAUUAUGGUAUAUUUAUUGCUUUAGAAAGAGUUCUUGCUUUGCAUCAUUUAGAGGGAACGCAAGUAUAUGUGGAACAGUUACUGGAACUUCACAGAGGACAAGGUAUGGAAAUUUAUUGGAGAGAUAAUUAUAUUUGUCCAUCUGAAACUGCAUAUAAGCAGAUGACAAUUCGAAAAACAGGUGGACUUUUUAAUUUAGCUGUCCGUUUAAUGCAGCUAUUUUCAGAUUGUAAAGAAGACUUUACUCCCUUAGCAGGAAUCUUAGGGCUUUACUUCCAAAUUCGUGAUGAUUAUUGUAAUCUACAUUUUCAAGAGUAUGCCGAGAAUAAAAGUUACUGCGAAGAUUUAUCAGAGGGAAAAUUUAGCUUUCCUAUUAUACAUGCUAUACAAAGUCAUCCAGAAGAUAGACAAUUAAUGAACAUCUUGAGACAGCGGACAAAGGAUAUCGAGGUAAAACGGUAUUGCGUUAAUCUAUUAGAAAAGUUUGGAUCGUUUGCUUACACAAGAGCUGUGCUUGAAGAAUUGGAUAAAAAAGCAAGAGACGAGGUUCAGCGUUUAGGAGGAAAUCCUUUAUUAGUUCAAGUUUUAGAUGAAUUAGUAAAUUGGAAACAUCAAGGUGCUAUUCAGCAACAAACAAAAAAAGCUGCAUGUUAAGUUAUGUUCCAAUUCGAUGCUUUCCAUAUGCUGUACAUAUCCACUCUAUGUAUAAUUGAUACUUUUGUCACGUACAUAUCGUGAAUAUUAAGCUUUUAAUUUCCAUAGCAUAACAUCUAUGGGAGAACAAAAUCAUAAAAGCAAGGUUUAUUUAGUUUAUUUGAUAGAUAACAUAAAUUUCAGACAAUAAAAAUGCUAUAGACAUUGCAUAAAAGAGAUUAAAGCCUCUUUUUAACGUGUAUAGAUAAUUACUGUUAUGAGACGAAUUGUAACUAUACAUUUUUAGAUAAUAGAUAUGCAAAAUAUACUAUAUUAAUACAUUAACCAACGGUAUAUGUAGUCUCGUAAAUGCAAACACGUAAGUGAAUAUAUUAGUAUAAAUUUCCUUACAUUCUUUUUUUAUACACAAAUAUACUUGACAUAAAAAUGUU